AUGACGCUGGCCCUGCGCCCUCUGUGGAGGAGCCGCCCGGGACCACGGCCACUCACCGGACGGCAGAGCGCAGCUGCGGGUGAGAGCAGGACCGAUGCACACGCCGAGCUAGACAAGGCAGCACUCUCCGCCGCUCCGUGCAACGGAAACGCCCCGGCCAACCCAGCCCAGCCCGACCCGGCCCAGCCACUCCACGCCACGUCCCGCCCCGGCCAAGGCCACACACCCACCCGGGCCCCGCCCCCAGCGACGCGGCCCUGUGAGCCCCGCCUCGUCCCGGGACCUGCCACUUCCCGGGCUACUGUACUCCUCUCCCCCGAGUUCGUCCCCAGACAAGACCACGCCCCUACCAUGGCUAGGUUCCUAACUAAAAAUCUCAGGCGCCGCCACGACCCCUGCCAGGCCACGCCCUGCCACGUCCUCGCCACGCUUCUCCUGCGCCUGCGUGGGGCGCGGCUGCUCCACGUCCACUCUCCGCUGUGCGGCAGGACCUGCGUGUCCCACGGGCCUGGGUUGUUUUCGUAGUGUUUCCUGCUAGUGAUUGUGUCUUGAUGUCCGAGUAGCAGACGGGCUGUCCUGUGGUGUAGCGUACGUGCCUGUGUCGGAGCCUCGGACUCGAAACACUUUCACUCCCACCCCCAGCCUGUAACUUGAAAGAGACUUGCGAGGUGUAGGAUGACUAAGGUGGAGCCGGAAAAGCAGCCGGUUGCCUUCUCAGGUUCGCUGGUGUGGCCGGGAGGCACCCGCGGGGCCUACAGAAGAUGCAAAAGGACAGAGGAAAUGCUAGAAGGCAGCGUGAGGAUCAGAUCUUCGAGAAAGCAGAAGCCAGUCAGCGGGGGUUGCCGUAUGCCACUUGUAGAGUCUGGCCCUAAAAAGAUGGACGGUUUUCUGGAAAAAGACAAAACCACCACGGAGGAGAAGCCUCCCACCUUUCCCAGAGCGUGCCCCUGUCCCAUUGGGUUCUCCGCAAGCGUUCCGUGGAAUCCCUUCUCCGGGAACCUAGCAACUCCGCAUAGCCUGGGACACUUCAGCACCUCUCCCAGGGAAUUUUUUUUUUCAUAGCUACUUUUGUUUUGUUUUGCUUUGCUCUGCUGUUUUGCUUUCCUUUGCUUCCUGAAUUCGAGGGCUCCUCCCACCUGACCCUUCAAGGACUGCUAGGACUUCUGUGCCCCCAUUCCCCUGCCCCAGCCCCAGCCCUUUAAAGACCCAGGAUUCUCUCAGUCACUCAAACCUGUCUACUCUCUGACCACCAAUAAUAGCAUCUCCUGCUAUCUGACCUAAGCAUUCUUUUUCUCACCCACACCUACUCAACUCCAUUUUCCUCCUGUCAUGUUCCACUCUGGCCUUAGGACCAGAGGAGGCUGUUUAACAAUGUUGCUGUAGGAAACUAGGCCUUUCGGUGGGUAGUAAGCAGUGGUCUGCCUUGAAGCCAAGUAGUAAUUAUUAGAUCCAGAAUCUUGAUCUUCCCCAACACAGGUUUUGUUAGGAGAGAGCUGCCUCGGUCCAUCUCAGGAACAACCUCUGUCUUACUAACAGAGACAAAACUGCACUCAUGUUCCCAGGGCAAGAACCAGCCCCUAUCCUGGUUUUUUGUUAACCAGUAAAGAAUGUGAAGAGAAGAUGUUGCGGCUUAUCUAGACUAAGGCACUCAAGCUGUAAAUGUGUUGCUGGUCCUGACUGAAAUGACUAUGUGUUAUCUGCCCACUCUUUGUUCCCUUAUUAUCUAAAUUUCAGCCCACAGUCCCAAGAGGGGGCCUAACUACAAAAGCUGAAUUGGACCCUGAAACUAGGUAACCCUGAUAAGGCCCAGUCACCUACAUUAACUUUCUUGCUUAACCCCUUGUGGCAACUAUGAUUGGUCAGUGCAACAACCCACUGUGUUCCCCCUCGCUUUGCGCUACCAUCCUUUAAAAAUGUCAUACAAUCUCCCUUGGGGGACAUGGUUCAGAUUCCACACUGGCCACCUCCGUGCACAGAAAAAUAAAGCUUUCGUUUUUAAGCUUC